AUGACGCAUGCUACUCUGUACAUAAGUGCUUAUUUGGAUUCAUCUAAUUCUUUCUGGAUAGAUACUGAGUCACUAAUCGUAUUGUUUGUAUACAAAAUAGCAAGAGCUGAUGAAGUUAAACUUAUUAUUCAAUCCUUAUUAGAUAGACCAGUAGAAGCUCUCAUUAAAGUAUCUUCUGAAGGUCUAAAUUAUAAUAUCCACUCUACCAUACCUGACAUUGCAAAGUUUGUGGUGUGGCCAGCAAUUGUAUCAGCAAAUCAAGUAACUGCUGGUGUAUGUUCCGUAACCAGAAGUUUAAUAAAACGCAGCCCUAACCCUGACAUAAGGAAUUUGCUUGGAUUUAGAGAAGCUUGCUUAUUUUCGUGUUCAGAGACAUCAAUAUGGACUCGGUUUUGUGAAGUUGAUAUUGUACAGACAAUAAAAUCUAUUUUAGUGAACAACUGUUGCAUUGGCGAUGAAUUCCAUUUGCCUUCUGAUAUAGUAAGAUUUGAAUACCACUUAUCUACUCCAGUCAGGAUACAUAACAUUUAUAAAGUUGCAAGAGUUAAAAACAAAGAUAAAGGCAUCAAAUCAGGAAUACCAACAGAAGAACUUAAUAUACAGCACAUAUUUAGCGAGGGACCUUUUAUGACUCUAGCUGAUGUUAUUUUAUAUCAAUGCUAUGAAGUGUUUUUUAAAAAUUGUCCAUUAGAUCUAAUUAAAAGAAGAAUACCUUUAACUUUAAGUUGGUUUAAAAGAAUGGAAGAGUCAGCUUUAUCUAAUCAUAAAUUUAUUAUAACAAAUAAUAACAUUCAGGCCAAAAAUAUAUUUGAACCAGACUUUGUCAGACAAAGUCUGUAUACAGCAGAUCCUUCACGGCAUAAACCAGAAAAGAGGAUAUUUACAAAACAAACCGAUAUUGAUGUUGCCUUUGAUCUUUUGCAACCAAUUAAAUAUGAUAUAGUUAAUGAAGAAACUCCUUUUGGAAAAGAAAUUGAUUUUAAUUGGUUGGACGUUCCAUUAGAAGCAAAUCCAAAUGGAGGGGCACUGCCAAAAAGUAGAGCUGACAGAAAGUGUGAACAGUUAGAAAACUUAGCUAAAGCAGUUAUGAAGAUAGCUGCUCAAAAAAAGUAUAGCAUAGUAGACUUUUGCAGUGGUAGCGGACACUUGGGAAUACUUCUAGCGACUUUACUCCCGAAUUGUGAAAUUGUCCUUGUCGAAAAUAAAGAAAGAUCUUUAUUACGAGCCAAGGAAAGGAUUGAAAAAUUGGGCUUAACGAAUGUAUUUAUUGUGCAAUCAAAUUUGGAUUAUUUUCAAGGUAAUUUCGACAUUGGUGUUGCUCUUCACGCCUGUGGAGUAGCCACUGAUUUAGUAAUCCAGAACUGUAUAAAUAAGAAGGCACAUUUAGUUGUUUGUCCUUGUUGUUAUGGUGGAGUUAGAAACUGCCAUCAUUUGACUUAUCCUAGAAGUAACCAAUUCAAAAAAUUAGAUUUAGGAUUACAAAAUUACUUGAAUCUUGCUCAUGCUGCUGACCAAACUCAUGACAAAGAAAACGUUAAAACAGAACAGGGCUAUUUUUGUAUGAAUGCUGUAGAUACGGAUCGGCGGAUGUACAUUGAAAGUUUUGGAUAUAAGGUGCAUUUAGGAAAACUUUAUCCCACAAGUUGUACAAAUAAAAAUAAUUUAUUGGUUGGUUUAACAAAAGACUCUUUAUAG